UUUGAAUUGCUUGGAAAGUAAAGAGUCGACACUGAAGGUUCCCGCAUUUUUAUUCCAUACACCCGAAAAAGUCGUCAUGUUUAUUUGUUUAUUUUUUUAUUUUAUUUUUGUCUUCAUUUCUUAAAUAACUGUUGAGAUUAUAAUCAUAAUAGCGCAGGUAUGGGCGGUUUAAAAAAUAUUACCGAAACUGAUUGAAAAAGCGUUAAUUUACAUAUAUAGCGAGAUAGAUAUAUAUAAUACAGUCGAUAUUGUUGAGAGUAAUAAAUAUUGGCGCAAUAUAAUAUCCAUUUCUUGUGGUUUUCUGUUUUGUGUGUUUCUGAAGAACGCGAGUGAUUAUAUUUCAGGUUAUACACACUCUUUUUUUCAACAAAAAAAAACUUCUCUUCUGAUAAAUAAACCUGAGUGCUUAUAAUAUAGUGGACUGGGUAUACACACAUUAAGGUAUAAGAGAUUUUUGUGUGCUUCGAACAAAAAAGUAAAUAAAUAAAACAAUUUAAAUCAGUGAAAUUGAUUGUGUUAAUUGUAUGAAGAGAAGAAAAAAAAGACCCAACAGAAAACCGAAAAACUAAAAAAAAAAUAUUUUACUGCAUUCCAAAUCAACAAAUCAAUUCAACAAUGUCCUCAAAAGUGUUCUAUUUAGUGCUGUUUUACCACAUACACCUAGCAUACCCAACCCGAUUACCCAUGGAAGUGUUCGAAGUUAGCACAUCGGAAAUAUCACAUGUGGACAGUAAAUUUGUCAAACAUAAAUCCACAACAGAUGUGGCGUCGAGCCAGAGAAGAGGACGACAAAUGGAAGAAAUGAAAGUACCACGAAUACUGUAUCAAGUCGGGAACAGCGAAAAGGAUCUACCAGUCUGUGCGCCAAAUGCGGUAUGCUCGAAAAUAGAUUUAUAUGAAACGCCGUGGAUAGAACGACAGUGUCGAUGUCCGAAAUCGACGUCUAAACAUUCCCACGUUAUAAACCACGCAAAAGAAACGAAACUUAAUGCGAAACAAGUGUACAAUUUGCUGCUAGACGAUCAGAAACCGAAGCCGACCGAUUAUGCGGAAGGUGAAGCAGACGCCGACAGUCAACAUUUAAAAUCGCUAUUCCGGAAACUGGGUGUAUUUUACGACCAGGACGACAUUGUGCUGGACGAUAACGAUUACAAUGAUUACAAUCAUCCGAGCAAUCAUAAAAUUCGACCGUUUCGUAAACAGUUUAGCGAUCCGCAUGACUCAAAGAAAUUCCGUCAUUCCAAUCACAAAGCGGAAAUUCAACGAAUAGGUGGUUGUCCGGCGGCGGUUGGAGUUGAAGAUGGUCAUACGAUAGCUGACAAGACGAGACACUAUAAAUUAUGCGAACCAAUUCACAAACUUCCGCAGUGCAGAUACUUCCGAGAUUAUACGUGGACACUGAAGUCAUCACCGGACAUGAAUGUAACCGAACAAAUCGUUCAUUGUCGCUGUCCCAAAAAUUCAGUCACCUAUCUAAUACGACGAGAGCCACUACAGACCGGACCCGUUGGAUACACGUAUCUGUUUGCAUGCUCUCCGCAAAGUAGGCUGCGAUGCCAACGCAAAGAGCCAUGCAAAUUGUUUACGGUCCGAAAACGGCAAGAGUUUUUGGACGAAGUGAACACUAAUCCGUUGUGCCAAUGCCCGCGCAAUCAUCGAUGUCCCAGACACCAUACGGAUGCUGGCGUUUUGCUGGGAAAGAGUUACAUUGAAGAUAACAUUCGUACAUAUUCCGGUUAUUGUUUGCCGGAGAAUUAGCAACGGAUUUUCUGAUUUAGUUUUAUUUUGAUUUUGUGUAGAAUCCGGAUGGAAUUUUUUGAAUGGAUGGGAGUGUGGGAAGAUAUUUUUGAAAUUUUACAUGUUGCUACUGUGAAUAGAAAUCGUUUUUUAAAUAAAUUAAGUGAACAAAAUAUAAAUAUGGAGAGAAAUGAAGUAGUAGCUACUUUACAGAGUCAAUUACAUGAUAUAGGCCGAAACAAACAAAAAAAAUUAUAAUUAUGUUCUUGAGGAGACGUUCAUUCUAAGUAUAGAUGUACUUAAGUUAUUCAAUGUAUUCACUAUGUAAUACCCUAAAAAGGUUAUAAACAAAUGUUAAUUAAUUAUUAAUUAAUGAAAUUAAUAUAUUUAAAUUAGGCGUAAAUAAACGAAACGUAAAAGAAAGAAAAAAAAGGCCCUAACCCAACACAGCGAAAUAAAUGCGACGAAUAAUUUUGUUUUUAAGUGAAACUAAGCCUUAGUAAUAUCGCGAUCUGUACAUUUUUAUUUAACAUUCAAGUAAUAAGUAUUUUGGGGAAAAAAUGUUCUGUAAUUAUGAUGAUGCGACGAGACCCUUUUCUUUGUAUAAAUAGAUGUACCUGAAAAUGUUAUGUUUUUGUAAAAAGUUUUUUUUUAUAAUUUGAAUUCCAAACUUGUGUUUAUUGAACAAUUUUUGUAUUUAAUUUAACGAUAAAAUUUGAUCAGAUAAUGCGAAAAGAUUCCAUACGAAGUACGAAAGAAUAAAACUUUUUUUUUUGUAAAAAAUUAUUUUUUGUUUUUCAUCUUAGUUUUUAAAUUGUACAUUAAAAUUACGUAAAAAUAUUUUAUGUUUUAGGGGGCAAAAUGUUAUAGCUGCAGCUUUAAAAAUAAAAACGAAAAACCUUUUUU